CAGAUUCAAGAGCGGGACCGGCCUGAGGCCUCCAGAAGCUGAGCACGAGGGCCAGUCCUUGCCCUGGCACGUCGGGGACCACGUGAGGGUCCAGCCAGGAUGAAGGAGGCAGAUGGGCGCUGGCUGAGCUGAGCGUGGGGAGGGGGCCAGAGCUCAGGGGAGGCCGACCUUGCUGGUUUGCUGUGUCUCCCGCUCAGAGGAACUGGAGAAGAAGGGGAAGGAACUUGACCUCCAGGCCUGGGCCCCCAGAGCUGGCCGGAGGGCAGCGGUGGGGGUGGAGAAGGCCUCUGGACUUCUGCCUUCCUUUUCCUGGAGCAGGCGCCGGCCCCCUACCUGCCAGCGUCAGGGACACAGCGACUCCUUCCCUUUCCACCCUGGAAAGCCCCCUCCCUGUCCCCACCCCCAUCCUGGGCUGUGGGGCCCGGAGGAAGAGGCCUGGAGCCCCCAAGGGCAGGCCCCUGCCCAUACUCCAGGCUGGCCGGGACCCUGGGACUUCCGUGGACAUGUGUCCUUGGAUGAAAGGAGAUCGCUUCCAGGUGGGGCCGGGCGCGGGGGCGCAGCUGUGAUUUCAGGGCGCCUCUGCCUAGCGGCUGCUGUGAUUUGAGAUCCUCGGGUGGCUGCAACCGGGCGCUGUGGAUGAGCCAUGCUGGAUGCGGCCCCACUCAGAGGCGUCGGGCAUCUGGGGACGCUGGCCGGAGCCGCCCUGCUCUCCACCCUGUGGCUCCUGUGGCAGCUCGGGUGGGCCCCCGCGAGGGUCCCCGCGGCGCCGCCCACGCUCACCGUCCUCGUCUGGCACUGGCCCUUCGCCGACCAGCCCCCGGAGCUGUCCAGCGACACCUGCGUCCGUUACGGGGUGCCCCGCUGCCGCCUGAGCACCAACCGCAGCCUGCUGGCCAGCGCGGACGUCGUGGUGUUUCACCACCGCGAGCUGCAGAGCCGGCGGGCCCGCCUGCCCCUGGCCGAGCGGCCGCGGGGGCAGCCCUGGGUGUGGGCCUCCAUGGAGUCGCCCAGCCACACCCGCGGCCUCGGGCGCCUGGGCGGCAUCUUCAAUUGGGUGCUUAGCUACCGGCGGGACUCGGACAUCUUCGUGCCCUACGGCCGGCUGGAGCCUCACGCGGGGCCCGCCCCGCCGCUGCCGGCCAAGAGCGGGACGGCAGCCUGGGUGGUCAGCAACCUCCAGGAGCGGCAGCGGCGCGUGCAGCUGUACCGGCAGCUGGCGCCCCACCUGCGGGUGGACGUGUUCGGCCGCGCCAGCGGGCGGCCGCUCUGUGCCAGCUGCCUGCUGCCCACCGUGGCCCCGUACCUCUUCUACCUGGCUUUCGAGAACUCGCAGCACCGAGACUACAUCACCGAGAAGUUCUGGCGCAACGCUCUGGCCGCCGGCACCGUCCCCGUGGUGCUGGGGCCCCCAAGGGCCACCUACGAGGCCUUCGUGCCCGCCGACGCCUUCGUGCACGUGGACGACUUCGGCACGGUCCGAGAGCUGGCCUCGUUCCUGGUGGGCAUGAACGAGAGCCGCUAUCGGCGCUACUUUGCCUGGCGGGAACGGCUCCGCGUGCGGCUGUUUGGGGACUGGCGAGAGCGCUUCUGUGCCAUCUGCACCCACUACCCCCGCCUGCCGCGAGACCGGGUCUACCGGGACCUCAAGGGCUGGUUCCAGGCCUGAGCCCUGGCUGCAGGAGGAGGCAGAGGGGGGCGGCCGGGCGCUGCCGGUGUGGGUGGAAGGCUGGAUGUUGAAAUCAAACCACCGGGCAUCCGGCCCUGAUGCACAGCCGUCAGGGUAACAUGGAGGCUGGGGUCAGAGGCUAGAAAGCAGGGGUGUGGGAGGAGGGGGACGAUCUGGGCAGGCUGUCUGGAGGAGGCUGGUGAGCACUGGGGCGAGCGUUUGGCGGUGAAGGUUGACAGCAGGGAGUUAGUGGGGGUGCGUGUUGCUAGUUGAUCACAGACACAGGCUCCCACAACCUCUGAGGACCUCCCUCCCCACCUUGGUGACAUGCCGGGCAAAUCGAGGCUGUGCCAGACACGGUGGUGGGGAGGCGGACAAGGCCAGAGGCAGGGCGCUGGGCCUGGGGGGCAUGCCCUCCUGCAGUCUGUGGGGGGAAA